AUGAUUUCUAAUGAAGUUGUAACAAUAAAGAACAUUUCAGAAGAAACUGAUAAUACAGAAUGUUGGAUAUUCGGCUAUGGUUCUCUAAUUUGGAAGCCACCACCUAUAUAUGAGGAAAAAAUACCAGGUUUUAUUAAAGGAUAUGUUCGAAGGUUUUGGCAGCGAAGUACAGACCAUCGAGGAACUGUAGAAAACCCCGGUCGAGUUGUGACUUUAAUCCCAAUUGAGGAAUGGAAAUUACUUAACGAUUAUCACGUUCAUAAAGAAGAUGAUGUUACUUGGGGUGUCGCAUACAAAAUCAACAAGAAAGAUGUUAAGGAAGUGAUGGAUUAUCUGGAUUAUCGAGAGAAGAAUGGAUACACUAUACAUUAUUUGGAUAUAUAUCAAUUAGAAAAAGAAGAGCCCAUUAUAAAAAAUGCGAUAGUAUAUAUUGCUACAACCAAAAAUGAGGAAUAUGUUGGACCAACUUCUUUGGAUUUGUUGGCUCAGAAAAUAUAUGAAUGCAUUGGUCCAAGUGGACCUAACAGUGAAUAUUUACUUAACCUUGCAUCUGCACUUAGAACUAUAGCACCAAAUGCGUAUGAUGCUCAUUUAUUUGAUCUCGAAGAAAGAAUAUUAAAAUUGAUUAAAACAUCAGGUUAUUUAUAA